UGUAUUUUAAAAAGCCUAUUUCCGGUCCUUGUCAGGAAACUCAUCGGGAAAAUAAAAAAUAAAAGUGGAUGGUGUCCCGUAAACCGAGCGGUUGUCUUGAUAUUAUCUGGCUAAAUCUCGACGACUUAAAAUUCAAUCUGGACCGAUUUAAUGGACAAAUAAGGGGUACCAGUGCACGCCCAGAUACCACAGGAAUGGAUAUCACAAGUCGUUGCACCCUGGGAGACCCCAACAAGCUCCCAGAGGGAGUGCCUCAGCCUGCCAGGAUGCCCUACAUCUCGGACAAGCACCCUCGGCAGACCCUGGAGGUCAUCAACCUGCUCCGCAAGCAUCGAGAGCUGUGUGAUGUGGUUUUGGUGGUGGGAGCCAAGAAGAUUUAUGCACACCGUGUGAUCCUGUCUGCCUGCAGCCCCUAUUUCAGAGCCAUGUUCACUGGGGAACUGGCCGAGAGCCGACAGACGGAAGUCGUCAUCCGGGAUAUUGAUGAACGAGCCAUGGAGCUGCUAAUCGAUUUUGCCUAUACCUCGCAGGUGACUGUGGAGGAGGGAAAUGUGCAGACUUUGCUGCCCGCUGCCUGCUUGUUACAGCUGGCAGAGAUUCAGGAAGCCUGCUGUGAAUUCCUCAAGCGUCAACUAGACCCCUCCAACUGCCUGGGCAUCAGGGCCUUCGCCGACACUCACUCCUGCAGAGAGCUGCUGCGUAUUGCUGAUAAGUUCACCCAGCAUAACUUUCAGGAGGUGAUGGAGAGUGAAGAGUUCAUGCUGCUGCCAGCCAACCAGCUGAUAGACAUCAUCUCCAGUGAUGAGCUCAAUGUUCGGAGUGAGGAGCAGGUGUUUAAUGCUGUAAUGGCCUGGGUUAAAUACAGCAUUCAGGAACGCAGGCCUCAGCUGCCGCAGGUUCUCCAACAUGUGCGUCUUCCCCUCUUGAGCCCGAAGUUUCUGGUUGGGACGGUGGGUUCAGAUCCUCUGAUCAAGAGUGAUGAGGAGUGUAGGGACUUGGUCGAUGAAGCCAAGAACUACCUCCUGCUACCCCAAGAGCGCCCCCUAAUGCAGGGACCUAGAACCCGGCCUAGAAAGCCUAUUCGUUGUGGAGAAGUACUGUUUGCUGUGGGAGGUUGGUGCAGUGGUGACGCCAUCUCAAGCGUUGAGCGCUACGACCCCCAGACCAACGAGUGGAGGAUGGUGGCAUCCAUGAGCAAACGGCGCUGUGGAGUUGGCGUCAGUGUUCUGGAUGAUCUGUUGUAUGCUGUUGGCGGACAUGACGGCUCGUCUUAUCUCAAUAGUGUGGAGAGGUAUGACCCUAAGACUAACCAGUGGAGCAGUGACGUCGCCCCUACUAGCACCUGCAGGACCAGUGUGGGUGUUGCUGUAUUAGGGGGGUACCUGUAUGCUGUGGGAGGUCAGGAUGGCGUUUCCUGUCUCAACAUUGUAGAAAGGUAUGAUCCGAAAGAGAAUAAGUGGACUCGUGUUGCCUCAAUGAGUACCAGGCGGUUAGGUGUGGCUGUAGCCGUGUUAGGAGGUUUUCUUUAUGCAGUAGGUGGCUCAGAUGGCACAUCCCCACUAAAUACAGUGGAAAGGUAUAACCCGCAAGAGAACCGAUGGCAUACGGUGGCACCAAUGGGGACCCGUCGGAAACACCUAGGCUGUGCCGUGUACCAGGACAUGAUCUACUCUGUGGGUGGCAGAGACGAUACCACAGAACUGAGCAGCGCUGAGCGAUACAAUCCCAGAACCAAUCAGUGGUCCCCUGUGGUCGCCAUGACAUCCAGAAGGAGCGGGGUUGGUUUAGCAGUAGUAAAUGGCCAGUUGAUGGCAGUUGGAGGCUUUGACGGUACCACGUACCUGAAAACUAUAGAAGUCUAUGACCCCGAUGCCAACACGUGGAGGCUCUAUGGUGGAAUGAACUACAGGAGGUUGGGAGGUGGUGUUGGUGUAAUAAAAAUGACUCACUGUGAAUCACAUAUAUGGUAACACCUACAGCAUCCAUCUCACAGAUGCCUCACCAUAGCUCGUGCCUCAUAGAGACAUUGUGCAUCAUGCAAGUGGAAAUCCUGGUUAUAAACUGAGUAUCGUCUCCAGUUACUGAGAUGGCAAAGGUAUACUAUCUCUGGAAGCUGCUCAAAGGAGACUCACCUGUACGGCCAUAGAGCAUGACUCCAUUUUGUUUUUACAUUUGGUUUCUCUUUCAUACUUGAGCAUAGCCAAAGGCAGCGAUUUGAAGAGAGAAACAGCAGCCGGAAAAGCAUCAGCCAGAGCAUUUGUUUUUCUGGAAGGAACUAUCUGUUUGACUGCAUUGAAGAAUUACAGUAACCUGAAACACAUCACUGGGGAUUGGUGUGAAUGACGCUCGUGUUUCCCUGAUUGAUGUUCUGGUCUGAAUUGGAUGCACUGUGAUUUCUUUACCAUUUCUUUAACUUGAGUUUUUUUUAUGAGUUGUACACUAAGCAUGAUCUGUUCCUCUGCAUUCUUACCAGAUGUAAGCAGAUUAGUUGAGUUUCUAUCUUUGGUGUACUGAAAAUGCAGUUCCUCCCUGAAACUUUUGCAAUCUAACGAAGGCUGUUGCAGAAGAAAAUAAGUUAUUUUUGAAGCAGUCAAAAACAGGUUUGACGUAUUAUCAAUUUGUUUACUUUUAUACAACCGAAUGCAUCAAUGAGUCAGUCCAUGCACUUUAAUCCACUAAGAUUUUUUCUAUUAAAGUCUGUAUUUUUUUUUUUUUUAUAAAUAUUGUUGGAUGUAUAGUUUUAUGCAAGUUUAAGGUUUUUUUCUGAAAUUUCAGAACAGGUUUGUAGUAGUAGCAGCCUGCACGUAUGGUCGGAAAUGUAAUGUUAAGCUUGUUACUGAAUAUGAGAUGAAACUGCCCUUUCAUUUUUUUUUAAUUUUUUUUUAAUGAACACUCAUUUUCCCACAGGACAGUAAUGUGUCCUAAUCUUGGUGUUGAAAAAUGGUUACAUACAGUAUAUCUUCCAUGAUCUUACCUUAUUUAAUUUUAAAGCUGUUCAACUGUCUAUACAUUUCAAAACUUUGAAAGUUGAAAUAAAACAGAAAAAAAUAA